GGGCUGCUGGGAGUUGUAGUUCGCGCCUCCCCCUUUCUGUGGCAGUUAACCGGAGAGCCGUUGUGGGUGCUAUGCCCUCCUGAGGCGCCGAGUGACCGCUGUAAAGAGAGACUCCGGAGCACAGCCGCCAUGGCCCGGCAAUUGAUGCCGGUGCCCAGCUCUCAGAAGGCGCUCCUCUUAGAGCUGAAGGGGCUGCAGGAGGAGCCAGUGGAGGGGUUCCGGGUCACCCUGGUGGAUGAGGGGGAUCUGUACAACUGGGAGGUGGCGAUCUUUGGGCCCCCCAGCACCUUCUACGAAGAGGGGUACUUCAAGGCUCAACUGAAAUUCCCAAUAGAUUAUCCAUACUCUCCUCCAACAUUCCGAUUCCUUACAAAAAUGUGGCAUCCAAACAUCUAUGAGAAUGGAGAUGUGUGUAUUUCCAUAUUGCAUCCUCCAGUAGAUGACCCCCAGAGUGAGGAGAGCUUCCUUCUGAACGGUGGAACCCUACUCAAAAUGUGCGAACAAUUCUUCUCAGUGUAAUCUCUCUUCUGAAUGAACCAAACACAUUUUCUCCAGCUAAUGUGGAUGCAUCUGUCAUGUAUCGAAGAUGGAAAGAAAGCAAGGGAUGUGAUCGAGAGUAUACAGAUAUUAUCAGAAAACAGGUUCUCAGUACAAAGGCAGAUGCAGAGAUGGAUGGAGUCAAAGUCCCAACAACACUGGCUGAAUAUUGUGUAAAAACAAAAGUUCCAGCUCCAGAUGAGGGAUCUGAUCUUUUGUACGAUGACUACUAUGAAGAUGAUGACAUGGAGGAUGAGGGUGACAGCUGCUAUGAAGAUCAGGAUGACUCUGGCAAUGAAGAAUCCUGA